GUGUAAAAGUUACUGGUCCAUGUAACGAAAAUUUUGUUAUGUUCUUAGUUCCUCAUAUAUAUAUUGAAGUUGAUACAGAAGAUACUUAUAUCGAAUUAAGAACAUCAUUGAGAGAAACAGAUAAUUUCUUAUUAUUUGAAUCAAACAGUGGUUCAUUAGAAAAAGAAAAAUAUGUAAAAGAAGAAUCAAAAGAUACAACUAGUGAAAAAACCGUUCAAGCCCAAGAUGAACCCACAGAAGUAACAGCUUCAGAAUCAAGUGGAAGUUCCAGUUCAGGAACAGUCCAAAGUAGAAAUUCGAGUCAAGGAACUGUCUCAGGUGGAAGUUCUAGUUCAGGAAAUGCCAACAAUAGUCAAGUUUCAUCAAAUAGCGAUUCUACCAAAAAAAGCAGAAAUUUACAUAAUAUAUGUGAAAAAGGAAAGACGUUCAAAUUUGUAGUAUAUAUUAAAGAGAAUACAUUAAUACUUAAAUGGAAAGUAUAUGGAGAACCAAAAGAUAACCAAGUUGAUGUAAGAAAGUAUAUGAUAAAUGAAAAAGAAAGCCCAAUUACUAGUAUACUAAUACAUGCAUACAAAGAACAUAAUGAGACAAACUUAAUAGAAAGUAAAAACUAUGUGUUAAGAUCAGACGUUCCAGAAAAAUGUGAUGCUUUAGCUUCUAACUGCUUUUUAAGUGGUAAUUUUAACAUUGAAAAAUGUUUUCAAUGCGCCCUUUUAGUAGAACCCGAAAAAAAUAAAGAUGAAUGUUUCAAAUACUUAUCUGAAGAUAUUAGAAAUAAAUUCACCGAAAUAAAAGCUGAGACAGAAGAUGAUGAUGAAGAUGAUUAUACUGAAUAUAAAUUAACCGAAUCUAUUGAUAAUAUAUUAAUAAAAAUGUUUAAAACAAAUGAAAAGAAUGAGAAAUCCGAAUUGAUAAAAUUAGAAGAAGUAGAUGAUAGUUUAAAAUUAGAAUUAAUGAAUUAUUGUAGUUUACUUAAAGAUGUAGAUACAAGUGGUACUUUAGAUAAUUAUGAAAUGGGUAAUGAAAUGGAUAUAUUUAAUAACUUAAAGAGAUUAUUAAUUUAUCAUUCAGAAGAAAAUAUUAAUACUUUAAAAAAUAAAUUCCGUAAUGCAGCUGUAUGUUUAAAAAAUGUUGAUGAUUGGAUUGUUAAUAAGAGAGGUUUAGUAUUACCUGAAUUCAAUUAUGAUUUAGAAUAUUUUAAUGAAGAUUUAUAUAAUGAUAAAAAUUCUGAAGAAGAUAACAAUAAUAAAGAAAAGGGUGUUAUAAAUGUUAAUAAAAAUGUAGAAAAAGAAAAUUCUUUAUCAUAUGAUAAUACCAACAAUAUGUUUUGUAAUAAAGAAUAUUGUAAUAGAUUAAAAGAUGAAAAUAAUUGUAUAUCUAAACUUGAAGUUGAAGAUCAAGGUAAUUGUGAUACUUCAUGGAUUUUUGCUUCAAAAUAUCAUUUAGAAACUAUUAGAUGUAUGAAAGGAUAUGAACCUACCAAAAUUUCUGCUUUAUAUGUAGCUAAUUGUUAUAAAGGUGAACAUAAAGAUAGAUGUGAUGAAGGUUCUAGUCCAAUUGAAUUCUUACAAAUUAUUGAAGAUUAUGGAUUCUUACCAAAAGAAUCAAAUUAUCCAUAUAAUUACGUCAAAGUUGGAGAACAAUGUCCAAAUGUACAAGAUUAUUGGGUGAAUUUAUGGGAUAAUACAAAAGUAUUAACUAGCAAAAAUGAACCUAAUAGUUUAGAUGGUAAGGGAUAUACUGCAUAUGAAAGUGAAAAGUUUCAAGAUAAUAUGGAGGCAUUUAUUAAUAUUAUAAAAACUGAAGUAAUGAAUAAAGGUUCAGUUAUUGCAUAUAUAAAAGCUGAAAAUGUUAUGGGAUAUGAAUUCAGUGGAAAGAAAGUACAAAACUUAUGUGGUGAUGAUACAGCUGAUCAUGCAGUUAAUAUUGUUGGUUAUGGUAAUUAUAUGAAUAAUGAAGGAGAAAAAAAAUCUUAUUGGAUUGUAAGAAACAGUUGGGGUCCAUAUUGGGGAGAUGAAGGUUAUUUUAAAGUAGAUAUGCAUGGACCAACUCAUUGCCAUUUUAACUUUAUUCACAGUGUUGUUAUAUUCAAUCUUGAUUUACCUAUGAAUAAUAAAACAACUAAAAAAGAAUCAAAAAUAUAUGAUUAUUAUUUAAAGGCUUCUCCAGAUUUUUAUCAUAAUCUUUACUUUAAAAAUUUUAAUGUUGAUAAUAAAAAAUUAUUCUCUGAAAAGGAAGAUAAUGAAAACAACAAAAAAUUAAGUAACAACUAUAUUAUUUUUGGACAAGACACGGAAAGAUCGGAAGAAACUUCAGAUGGAAAGAGUGAUCCAUCAGGAUCUGCACAAAAUGUUUCAAGUCAAGCCUCAGGAGAAAGUGGACAAGCAAACAGUGUUUCAUCAGGAUCUGAACAAAGUGGUUCAAGUAAAGCCUCAGUAGAAAGUGAACAAGGAAGUAGUCUUCCAUCAGUAUCUGAACAAGAAGGUUCAAAUCCAGCCUCAGAACGUGUUCAUGUUUAUCACGUAUUAAAACAUAUAAAGGAUAGCAAAAUAAGAAUGGCUCUACGUAAAUAUAUGGAUACACUAGAAGUAGGUAAGAGACACUCUUGUACAAGAGCCUAUGCAUUUGAUCAAGAUAAUUAUGAAAAGUGUGUUCAAUUCUGUAAUGACAACUGGAAAACAUGCGAAAACAAAGCUUCACCAGGACAUUGUUUAUCCAAAUUGGAAACAAACAAAGAAUGUUAUUUCUGUUAUGUAUAA